AUUUCAUUGUUUACUUUUGCUAAAGUGACAUUUUUAUGUUGUAAAUAAUAAAAUAUACUAAAUAAAUAAUGGCAAGUAGCAGUAAAAAGACAUCAGAAACCUCAGGAGAUCAUUUCAGACGAACUUGGGAUAAAGAUGAAUUUGAGGAAAAAGCAAAAUCUAGGUUAAAAGAAGAUCUUGCUCUUCUUGAAGAUGAUAAUGACAGAAAAAGUAGGUCUGAUCCUCCAGUUCAAAGGGAAAAACUAAAAGCACGUCAUUAUACAGUUGAUUUAGAUUCAAAAUUAGGGAAAUCUAUUAUUAUUACUAAAACUACACCUUUGCAAGAGCAAGGUGGCUAUUAUUGCAAUGUUUGUGACUGUGUUGUAAAAGACUCUAUAAAUUUUCUUGAUCAUAUUAAUGGAAGAAAACAUCAGCGUAAUAUGGGAAUGUCCAUGAAGGUAGAGCGCUCAUCGUUAGAUCAAGUAAGAGAUAGAUUUGCUUUGCUUAAAAAACAGAAAGAGCAGGAAGAGAAAAAAAAAGAAUACGAUUUUGAUGCUAAAAUAAAAGAAUUAGAGGAAGAGGAAGAAAGAGCUCGUCUACGUAAAAAAGGGUUAAAAGCCGAAAGAAAAAGAAAACACGAAGAAUCCUUAAAAGAAUACCAAGAUGAUGAUGUCGCUGCGUUGAUGGGUUUUGGCGGCUUUGGAAAAUGAAUAUUGUUUAUUAUUUAUUCUUAAUAAAUAAUAUUUAAACUGA